UGUUAAGAGUGUCCGUUUGAUCGGUACCUCCUGUCUCGCGUUUCUCGCGAGUCCCCGUCCUCAGGAGAGAGCGGAGGCGCGCCCGGACUUCCGCAGGAAGGCCCCCGGGUCUUCUCCGCGAGUGCCGCCCGGCCGAUGGAAAACCGGUGAAAAGAAACCCGAGGUUUUUCGGAAAAAGGCGAUCCAGCCCGUGGUGUGUGCUCUCACGCGCCGACCCUCCGCCGCCCCCCCUUCUCUCUCUCCCGCUCGCCCUGACUCUUUCUCUCUCCCCGUCUCGGAACCCCCCGUGAAGACUCGCUCGUGCGCGUCGCGGGACCGUGCCGGUCGCGCGGAGGUUCCUCCGAAUUAUCGAUCAAAUAGCCCGUCGAAAGGAGAAAGGAAAAACGUGCCGGGAGCGCCGCGAAAGCGGCCUGCGCCCCUCGGGGAGGACGUCGGACUCCCGCGGCCACGACCCGUGCAUGUCCCCGCCCGGACGGACCCCCGACUACCCUGGCACCUAGCGGACGCCGCUGCGUGGACGACGGGGUAGCGGAGAAAGCCUGAACUCGUGACGAAGUCGCGGUCGAAAUCGGCGCAAGGGUGGCGUCUCUCGUCGGCGGCGGCGGCGGCGGAGGCGGCGGCAGUGCCAGGGUGCGGUGCGCGCGGCGGUAGUGGGCGGAGGCGAGGGUGCUGCAGGCGGAUCCUGGAAAAGGGCGCGGGGGUGGCGUUUGUCAAGGCAACGUGUAGCAAGAUGGGCUGCGCCAUGUCCGCCGAGGAGCGGGCCGCUCUGGCCCGCAGCAAGCAGAUAGAGCGGAACCUCAAGGAGGAUGGCAUCCAGGCGGCCAAGGACAUCAAGCUCCUGCUGCUCGGUGCGGGCGAGUCCGGCAAAAGUACCAUCGUUAAACAAAUGAAGAUCAUCCACGAAAGCGGCUUCACGCCCGAGGACUUCAAGCAGUACCGACCCGUGGUUUACAGCAACACGAUACAGUCUCUGGUCGCGAUCCUCAGGGCGAUGCCAAAUUUGGGCAUCAGCUUUUCGACCAACGAGAGAGAGACGGACGCGAAGAUGGUGUUCGACGUGAUCCAACGAAUGGAAGACACGGAGGCGUUUAGCGAAGAGCUCCUGGCCGCCAUGAAGAGGUUGUGGGCCGACAGUGGGGUCCAGGAGUGUUUCGGCAGAAGUAACGAGUACCAACUGAACGACUCCGCGAAAUACUUCCUCGACGACCUGGAUCGAUUGGGAGCAAGGGACUACCAGCCCACGGAACAAGACAUCCUAAGAACCCGAGUGAAAACUACCGGCAUUGUGGAAGUACACUUCUCCUUCAAAAACCUAAAUUUCAAAUUGUUCGAUGUGGGAGGACAAAGGAGUGAACGUAAAAAGUGGAUACAUUGUUUCGAGGACGUGACGGCGAUCAUUUUCUGCGUGGCGAUGUCCGAGUACGACCAGGUCCUACACGAGGACGAGACCACGAAUCGAAUGCAGGAGAGCUUGAAGCUGUUCGACUCGAUCUGCAACAAUAAGUGGUUCACGGAUACUUCGAUCAUCCUCUUCCUCAACAAGAAGGAUCUCUUCGAGGAGAAGAUCCGGAAAUCGCCUUUGACCAUAUGUUUUCCCGAAUACGCCGGCGCGCAAGAAUACGGAGAGGCGGCCGCCUAUAUCCAAGCGCAAUUCGAGGCGAAGAACAAGUCGACCACGAAGGAGAUCUACUGCCACAUGACCUGCGCUACCGACACGAACAACAUUCAAUUCGUGUUCGACGCAGUCACCGAUGUGAUUAUAGCCAAUAAUCUGCGCGGCUGCGGUCUCUACUAGUCUAAUUCUGCAUUCUAUUUAAGCGCGAACAAUAGCGACAAUGCUAUCGGGCGAGAAGAGACGCGUUCCUCGGAAUCGGAUCAGGCCUGCUUCGGUUCGAGGGAGAACCGAGGCGAAGGGGAAACGUUGCGGAAGAGAAAAAGGGAGACGGCGACGACGACGACGACGGGACUCACUCGGCCGAGGACCGUUUCUCUAUCCGGACCUGAAAAAGGAUCUCGACUUUCCCGGACUCGUCGACCAGAUCGUUCAUCGACUUGGAUGGAAGGUCCCCGGAGAAUCCGGUUGUCUUCUGCGAGUCGAUGGAUAACGUCGAAUCGUUCGCGUCGUCGCUCGGACGACCCACGUUUCGCUUUCGUAACUCGAUUAAGAUCGCGGUAGCUCAGGACGCCGAGAGAAAGAGAGAAGGAAAGACGCUCGUCCCGCGAUUAGUUUUAGGCGAACCGAAACAGGUCCGUGAAACGAUCGCGCCGCGGAUAGUAUACAUUUUUAGAUCUUCGGACACACACGAUCCACACAGUCACACGCAACACACGCUCGCGCGUACCUCGAAAGAAUCGUUUGUUCGUCUCGCGGAAGAGGGGAAAGAAAAUCGGUUUCCCUCCCGAGUGAACGAUCGGUCGCUCGUCGGCUCCCGACACGUUUUGAAAAACGUGCGUCGACGACGAGCGCGGCAUUCUUUUGACGCGUACACGCGCAUACAUCCACACGAACCAGCGAGACGUGCGUGCACCCUCGAAAGCAACGUCACCCCGCGUGGACUCCCUCGUAUCCUCGAAAAGGUAAAUCCAUACGAACGCGCAUUUGUCCGUACGCGAGCGGCGACCGCGUCGCAUGGAAAUUUGGAUUUUUUUUUUAAACCCAAUCCGAAGGGAACCCUCGUGUAGAACUAAGUGCAAUUCGUACGAUCGAAUCGGGGAUCGAGUUUCAUGAGGAGUACGGGUCGUUACUCCCGUUUGGAGCGAGACGCGCGAACGUUGACAUUUUGGCGUCGUGGUAACGAUUGGUACCCAAAAAGUGCACCGGACGAGACAGCUGAUGCAGCUGGAAAAAGUGACUUCGUUUAAAUCGCCGCUCGCCGUACAUCUUACUCCGGUUUUGCAGGAACACGAUGGUGCGUCUUAGGAAGGGAUUAACGAAAGGCCAAUGCGUCGGCCUUUGAAGGAGGACGAGGUCUCGGACCGAUGAGUUACCGUUCCUCCUGGGUCAUUCGCUUUAUUUCAUAUCGAAUCGAUCGAAUCGCGUAUGCGCGCGUUCGACGGUUGCACAAACUUGAAGCACACCUCACUUUAUACACUGUACCUCGAGACUUGCACGCAUUUACCGUAGGGCGAUUUUGUCAAGCCGGCCGAGGCCGCGAGUUUUUCCAUUAUCCUUUUAAUCCGAUCGACUGACUUUAGGCCGGACACUUUUCUCGAAUAAUGUGCGCAUAAGGAUGUACCUGGUCUACCUACAUGUCGACUGGUGGUACGCACACGCACACGCACCCGCACCAGCGGCCCGACGUCCGCGGCUCAUCUUGAAUACGUAUCUUUCCGAGUAACUUAAUUUUUUCUCUCGUUAUCUCAUUUUGUACGUGUAUCGACAAUACCGUUUCGUUCGGGAAGAUUCUUUUGGAGGAGAAUCGUGUAAAGCAGCCACGGUAAAUAGGAAGAGGGCGUAUAUACCGGACCUCGCGACCCGCGCGCUCGACGUACGCGGAUGUUCAUUGCGCACAAUCCUAAGGUAUUUUUAUUCUCGCGUAAAGCAUCGGUUAUAUUUUAUUAACGAGAAAGGUAGGGAGCGAGACGCCGAGCGUACGCGGUUUACGCAGAAAUUCAGAAAAAUUGUGAGAGGAACUCGCGACGAUUGGGUGACGUCGUGUACCGAUUUCUUUUCGAAGCGGUUCAGUUUGUACCUCGGCCGACGGAAUUACACCGAAUACGUGGCAUAUUAAUUUUUGUUCAGUGCCCGACCGAAGUGUUGCCUGAGAAUCGGUCUCUCGAUCCCGCGAGUUCUUUCUAGAUUUUCUUAAGCUAGUCGACUCAAUGCCAAAAAGUAUGACAGCGGGCGUUUACGGAAAAACGCACAGUGGAAGAUGUUAAAUCGCGAAGGAAACCUGUGGUCUUGUCCCCGAUGUCGAAUCCGACGUUACGCGAGUUUCUUGCCAGGCUCUUUUUCGCGUGGGGAUGAAACUAAUCAAAUUCGCGACGAUUGCGACCGGUGGCAUUAAUUUGCACAUCUUCGUUCAGCUGUACAAGGAAGAGCGAAUGGGUGAGCAAGCGGGUGAGAAAGAGAUUGCGAGAGGAAAGCGUGGAUGCAAAGUAGUAGCUCAUAAAGUGUGAAAAAAAAAAAAGAAAAGAAAAACGACAUCCACUCUGGUUUUGUUCAUGGCGGUGGCGUUGAUUUUAAGAUGCUUAGCUUGCCAUUGAGAUCGCAAUGUUACCCAAAGAAACGUACCACAUAAUCAUGUGCCAAGGUACAUGGAGGAGUAACUUAAGUUGAGUGACGUCAAUCGAUCGAUCAGCCGAUCAGCUGUUAAACGGCCACUUUGAUUUGCGGAAGUGAUAAGUCUAUAAAUUCGAUAAUGUCUUAAAUGUGACAAAGUUGGCUUCAACUCUUGCACCUCUUACGUUAGGUUUGAGAGGGAUUCGAAUCUUGCGAGGACUUUAACGAAUUAGGGCCCGUUUGCUGUGGAAGCGUAAAAAACAGUUUCGAUUUAUUAAAGGAAUCGAGAUGCGGUUUUCAUUAACGAAAGGCAUUGAAACGUAAUGUAAAUGGUUUCUUAAAGAUUCUCCGAUUAAAUGGUAGCUGGCGCAUCUUCUGCUUGAGUAAUUCGAACGGGCUAGUGAAGGUUUCUCAUUCGCAGGGUAUCGAUUCAGUGAAGAAGCAAUUCGGAUCUAUAGGUCUUCUGCGGAAGAUGUUUUAGAUGACAAAAAAGUGAGCACGACAGUCAGAUAAAACAGUUAAAUAGGAAAAUGGUUAUACGUAACUAACUUAAUCGAAAGACGGGGGCGUUAAACUGGUGCAACGGACUGAUGCCGAAGCACGUUUUUUUUUUCUUCUUUUUAAGUAAACAGGAAGAAAGUGAGAAACGAGAAAGAAAAGGAGCGUAUUUGUAAGGAUUUACCGAUUACUGCGUUAUUAUCUAUAAAUAAUUAAUAUUAAAAUGCAAGUAAUAUUUCUAUGUAUACAUGAGGAAAUAUUCUGAUGAAAGUGAGAUAUAUAUAGAGAGAGAGAGAGUGAAAGAGAAAGUGAGAGUCAGGAAAAGUGCGACUGUUGAUUCGGUGGAGACAAAGAGACAUUAUUAAAUGAAUUAAACGCACGCAGGAAAGCCACGUACGUUUUACGCGUGUCCGAAGGGAGGCGUCUCGUGCGACUUUGGAAGAAACCUCCAUCUCAUUUCUUUCUCAACUUCCCUCAGGGGGAUUUUCUUCAUUUUCUUGGCUUUUGAGUUCAUAGAGAAAAUCAUUUUUUUUACACUAAUUAGCAUCGCUUAGGACGAGCCGCAAUGCGUUCGAAAAUAUUUCCUCGGUACUUUUUAUAAUAACUUUUCUUCCAAGUAAGCAAGCCCGUUACGCGUUCUAUCAUUCCGUUGGAUUAACGAAAACCCACAUUUACGAGAGUCGUUGGAGAAACGCGUCCUCGAGUUGGCAAUUCCUUUCCAAUCACUUUUCAAAGUCGCAUACGCACGUACUUUACGCAAUCCGAGAUUUCUGGAGACUCCUCGUAUCGAAUUCGCACACCUUAUCAACCAAAAGUCAUUGCCAUUUAAACGCCGGAUCGGUUGCUAAACAUUUCCGGCGCGUUUCCGCUGCGAUCGUCGACACAAAGUGAAGUACAAAAUUCGGGCCACUGAAGAAUAUUUGCCUUCGGCUUCGUAUCGAUCUGUCCUCCCCCCACUAAAACGGGGCGCAGGGUUCUGCGAUCGAAGUGCAAUUCGCGCGACCAGUAGAGAGUCUUAGUCUUUCUUCUUUCUAUCGUCCUUCGUCCUCUUGAAAAAGGAAAACGAAGUCGCUUAGCUGUAUCUGUAAUGUACACUCGAUAUAGUCGAAGGAUUUCGCGCGUGGCGAGGGCUCCUUCCCGUUUCCCUUGGUUUCGGUAUAUUUCCCAUUGCGAUUAUUGCUGUUCCUAGUUAUCGUCACGGUUGCCAUACGUUGUGAAAUUAACAUUACCGGCGACUGCUCGUAGUAAGGUGAUUCAUUCGUAGGUAAUAUAUGUAAUGUAUAUUGAUUACUAUACCUAAGUCAUACAUGUAUCGUGUCUCUAGUCACAUAGCGAAGAAGUGGUAUGUACGCACGCGCACGCACACGCACACGCACAUACAGACCUACACGAACACGCGACAUGCACCUACAGGCCAAUCGAAUCCUUUGCUCGGUUUUUGGGUUUACCGGCGAAAAAGAUAAAAAGAAAAAAAAAGAAAAUGAAGAAAAAAGGGAGACGUGCUUUCGAGCUGGCCGGACGUUGAAGCGACGGACGGGAAACACGUGGCGAGGCGUCGCGCCCGUUUUUACGGAGGGACGGGAAGACCUAACGAAACGAAUCGGUCGAUCCGAUGAAAUAUCUCUGGCGACGUGGAAGUACAAGGAGACGAUUCGAGGACUCGAAUCUUGCGGGAAGUCUGCGACAAAGAUAGACGGACAGAGAGAGAUUAGAGAUAUGAGGAUCCGCCGUAUCCGGCGAGCGAAAGAUCGGGUCUUCGGUUCGGUCAACCUUACGUAAACUUCGUGCCUGACAAGAUGGACCGUUCUUUCUCACCUAAAGCCGCCUCGCACUUGAGCUCAUUUCCUUUACCGUUGAAGCGUCGAAGAGACGUCGUCAUUUCGAAAGAUCUGUCCGAAGCGGCGGCAGUACUCGAAUUGAAAUUCGAAGGGAGAUAUCGACGCGUCGACAAGUUGCGAACUGCGCGGAAAACGCUCACGGGCAAGCACGGUAUUAAAUUAACGUUAAUCGAUGAUUCACUGACCGAUAAUGUCGAUUAACGUAAUUUAAUAAUCCAUCUUCCGAGAAGGCAUCUCAGCGAGAACUCUGAACUGGGGCUCGCCAAUUAGGCACGGAAGCAAAGAGUAUAAGUUCUACCGAACCAUAUUCGCUAUACACUGCAUUGUAAUGUACUUUCUAUCAUUACGGAUGAAUUAAUAAACAAGUAAAUUAAAAGGAGGGUUAAUGCUAGCGUUAUAUCGUAAAUAUAAUAUAAUUAUUGGUAAUGUAAUGAUUAUAAUAACGAUAACGAGAAACAAAGAAGAAUAAUGAUAAUGUUUAAUUGACGAUUAAUAUCCGAGAGCGCAUGUAUUUCGUGACUCAUGCAUACCUUAACGACUUUGAUUUCCGGGAAGGGAAAGAAAGCAGCAUCGUGCGAGAUUUCGGUAAAUGGACCAGGAGAUUUAUUAAAAAAAAAAAAAAAAUAAAGAAAGAAAAAAUAUACACGCGGAAUAUUUGCAGAUUACCACCAUGAAAAGUCUCUCAUUAUAUAUAAAUAUUAUGUAAUGAUUGUCCAUACAUCUUAAAAUGUCGAAAUAAACUAAUAUUAAAACCAGAA